UGCCGGCCGAAGCUCGUCAGCCGUUCUCCCGGGCCCCAGCCCCAGCCACCUCUCUCCCUCAGGAGCGAGAAAGCAACCCCUUUCUGUUCCGUACCUUCCCCGCGAGCCCCAGGGAGCUUGGGACGCGCGACCCUCUCUCGGAAGAGGGCAGGGAAGGGGCGCGAGUUGGGGGCGGGGAGGGGGGCAUUUGCAGAAAGGACGCAGCUGCAGAUCGGUAGCUGGAGUCCGCUACGGGUAAAGGUUCGCUGAUGGCUCAGUUGGGAGCAGUUGUGGCUGUGGCUACCAGCUUCUUUUGUGCAUCCCUCUUCUCAGCCGUGCACAAGAUAGAAGAGGGACAUAUUGGGGUGUAUUACAGAGGGGGAGCCCUCCUGACUUCCACCAGCGGCCCGGGUUUCCAUCUCAUGCUUCCUUUCAUCACAUCAUAUAAGUCUGUGCAGACCACCCUGCAGACUGAUGAGGUGAAGAAUGUGCCUUGCGGGACUAGUGGCGGUGUGAUGAUCUACUUUGACCGAAUUGAAGUGGUGAACUUCUUGGUCCCAAAUGCAGUGUAUGACAUCGUGAAGAACUACACUGCCGACUACGACAAGGCCCUCAUCUUCAACAAGAUCCACCAUGAGCUAAACCAGUUCUGCAGUGUGCACACGCUUCAGGAGGUCUACAUUGAGCUCUUUGAUCAGAUUGAUGAAAACCUCAAGCUGGCUUUACAACAGGACCUGACCUCCAUGGCCCCCGGGCUUGUCAUCCAAGCUGUGCGGGUGACCAAGCCCAAUAUACCUGAGGCGAUCCGCAGAAACUACGAGUUGAUGGAAAGCGAGAAGACGAAGCUUCUCAUUGCAGCCCAGAAACAGAAGGUGGUGGAGAAGGAAGCUGAGACGGAGCGGAAGAAGGCCCUCAUCGAGGCAGAAAAGGUGGCUCAGGUUGCAGAAAUCACCUAUGGGCAGAAGGUGAUGGAGAAGGAGACGGAGAAGAAGAUUUCAGAAAUUGAAGAUGCUGCGUUUCUGGCCCGGGAGAAGGCAAAGGCUGACGCGGAGUGCUACACCGCCAUGAAGCUCGCCGAGGCCAACAAGCUGAAGCUGACCCCCGAGUACCUGCAGCUGAUGAAGUACAAGGCCAUCGCUUCCAACAGCAAGAUCUACUUCGGCAAAGACAUCCCGGACAUGUUCGUGGACUCUGCAGGCGGCCUGGGCAAGCAGUUCGAGGGGCUGGCUGACAAGCUGACUUUCGAUGACGAGCCCUUGGACGUAGACCCUGAGGAGAACUGACGGUUUUUUGUACACAACCUCGGAUGACACUGAAAAGAGAUCUUUAUUUUUUAAUGAUGAACCGGGAUGCUCCUCCCUCCCACACUACCUGCUUUGACUCUUCCGCAUUCUGUGGUGAAAAAAGAAGAAAUGGAUUUAAAUCUAUUCCCAUUCCUGGGAAGGGAGGGCAGGGAUUGAUGAUUUGGGGUCUCAUUCAGGUAAGCGGGUUAGGUGACUUCUGUUAAGGUGGGUGAACCAUGGGUUUGACCUUUGACCUCCAGACACUAAUUUUAGCCCUUUGAAGCUGGCUUAAGUAGGGAUUCGAUCAUCACAGAGUGGGAGAAAUAGAGGGUGUUGCCUGCAGGUGAUUUGCGGUCCCGGAUUUGGGGCGAUGCAGUCCAGUCUUCUCACCUCUGCCUCCAGGGCGGGAGGUGCCUGCGGUCGGAGUUCCGCACCUGGGCACCUGCGGGCUCGCGAGUGUGCCGGCAGAGCCAGGGGGCACCAGCCGCGGAGGACGUUGGGCUCUGCUGGUAUUUUUGUGGGCAUACGUGAGUUUAGAGGCACGCUUUCCCGAGCCCUCACGAGGAAGGACUGGUGCUAGGUUUUGCAAGCUUUUCUCUCCUACCCUCCUUGCCCCAGGGCUUAAAGAGCCGUGGUUUCUGACUACAUUCCAGAGUCUGGGUUUGGGUACCACCCCACAAUUCUUCUUAAAACUUUUCACCUCUUCUGCAAUUUGGGUUUUUUUUCCCCCCUCGAAUCUGUUUGUUGAUUCCACUCAGCAUUAGGAAGAUAGAAACAAACGACCCAAGUGUCUUACCGCUGCUGAAGGGGCGUCGUUCCAUCUCUCGGCCACCGUGGUACCUGCUUGGCAAACUGCACAUGUUCCUUGAGAUCUGGUGUCUGUCUUACUGUGAGGUCCUGUGUCGAAGAGCUCUUCUGGGGGCGAGGAAGGCCACCUGAAGGAUCUCCUCGUCUUAAGGCUUGUUACCUUGUGCUGGCAGUCUGUCUGACAGAUAAAGGGGAGCCCACUAAGUAGCACAUGUUCUGAAGCCUAGGGUGCCGACAGCCACACGGGUCAGACUGAACGCUCUCUCUCCAGAGAUAGCUGUGGGGUACACGUCAAGAGUUCGUGCCCAGGUCCCUGGAUUGGAAGGGCUACAUCAAAAUCUGUUCAAAUGUUUUAGGGGGUUUCUUUCAUUUCUAAUUAGGAAGAUUUUGUGUCACUCUGAGAGAUUUGGGAUAGAGGAGAACAAACAUGAAAGAAAGGUUUUCUUGUAUCCUGAGAUUGGAGUGGGAGGAGGGGGUCCAGCUUAGGUAGGCCGUGAGUUGUGUACCAGAUUGUUAGGCUAUCCCCGUUUAACUUGCAGGUACGUUGGUAUUUUCCAUGACAAAUUCUGGCUUAGGAUCUGGCCCUGUAAUUAGCUGCCCUCCCCACCGCUGCCACCAAAGAAACUACCACUGUACCCCUUUUCCCUCAGUGAUACUAUGAACGAUACUUUCUGGCACAGAUCCCCACCUCAUUUUUGGGUCCCCUGCCCAGACUUCUGCUUUACUGAAUGGCCCCAGAAUCCGGGCCAGCUUGCUCCCAAGUAGCAUCAGGCUUGUCGAGAGUUUGGGGGAGCCUCCAGCCUGCUUAGUUAGAAACAAAAUGUUAACUCCUCUUAAUUCAAAUGUUGCCCAUUCCUGUUCUAAUUGCUGGGACUUAGAAUUCUCAAACCACUUGUCCUGGUCACACUUUGUGCAAGCAGCCAGCCGUUCAUGGGCAUGAUGGAUUUUAAUGUGCUCGGAAGUGCUUGCAGAAGACAGUCAGUCUCCCAAGGCCAACAUAGGGUAUCCAUCGUUCAGAUACACUCACCCUCCCAUCCCAGUGCUAUUAAUCACUUGGAGGAGAACAUGACCCAUGACAUCCGGCAUCCCCGAUUUUCGUACUUGCUCCCUGUACUCCGAGACUUGCCGCCUAGGCCUCAGAAAACACAAAGCAAGGCUAUCUCCGCCUCUGACUAGCACGUUUGCUCAGGUUUCUCACUUGAAAGCCCACUACUAACAUCCUGUGAUGGCUUGUCCCUUGCACUAGAUACACUUGAACCACCAAAGAGCCUCAAUAAAGUAAACUCCCACUGCCCCUGCCUCCCUCAGUGCUAAUGUUGCCCCCUCUUGGAACAAAAAACAGAAAUGUCAUAGUGCCCCCUCAGUUUAAAUUCCAUGGUUAUCUGCUCCUGCCUGAAUCGUCAAAUCAUGGAAGUCAGCGGUUUCCUCAGCAUGGGACAACUAACCAAUCUGUGCGACUUUGUGUCUUCAGCACUCACUAGAAAAUCUGAUCUUCAAACAUUUGAAUUCUAAACAUGUAAAAUGUGACAGCCUACACUUUUGUAGGCAGUAAAGUCAUGGCUGCUAUUUGUAAACAGAACUUCUAUCAAAAUAAGUAACUGUUUAUAAAAUUCAGUUUUUGUAGGAUUUUUCCAAGGAAGAGUCACCUUGGUUGAAUGUUUCUCAUUAAACUUAACAGAAGUGGUUCAUACUUAGUACUGUUUUUAAUCACUUUUUUAAUAUAAGGACAGAAUAUUUGCAAGGAAGCCAAAGUUUGUUAAUAAUUUUUAUAUGACUAAAAUAAAAUAAAUUUGAAGGGAUCUGUGGUCAUAUUAACUUGAAGGAGGAAAAAAACAUAAUUGAAAGAAUUUUGGCAAUAUAUUGGUCCAAAAAAAAAGUUGUUUUCUAAAUGAUUUGUUGUAAUUACUAUGGGUCUAUGUAUCUUUCAGCACUGAUGACUUUGCCGUUUACAGAGAGUAAGUAGUGAAAGUAAGAUCGUCGUCUUUACUGACUUAUCAAUUUAAGUUUGUUUGAAGAUAAUCCUCAGUUGAGAAUAAACCUGUAUGUUGGCUAGUG